AUGUUUACAUGGUGUUUAUCAUUAAUCUUAUCACUUGCACUGAUAAUCAAUGUUAGCGCAAUAAGAAGGCAAGGUGUUGCGGUACGUGGGCAAUUAUUGUGCGGUUCAGCACCGGCUAAUCAAACUAAAGUUCGUAUUGUCGAUAUUGACACAGGUCCUGAUCCUGAUGAUACGCUUGAUGAGAAAAUUGUUGAUGCGAAUGGAAAAUUUGAAUUAAACGGAAGUACACGUGAACUAACAGACAUUGACCCAGUGUUAUACGUAUGGACCGAUUGUCAGGAUGGAUUAAUACCGUGUCAACGUAAAAUAACAUUUAAAAUACCAAAAAAAUUUAUUCAUAAUGGCGAACCAAAAUCUGAGCAAUGGAUUGAUAUUGGUGUGUUAAAUUUGCAAGGACAUUUUGAGGACGAAGGACGAGAAUGCUUACAUUAA